CGGCCGCCAUAUUGAGGGGAAUCGCGAGCCGGGGGAGGCUGAGGCGGCCUCGGCUGUGGAGAAACCGACUGAACGCCGCAGCCGGGAGAUUCCAGAGGUCUCCCUGGGUCACACUGGAGGCCUGAAGCCGAAGGACAAGGGAAGCCUGUACUCUGGCAUUGAGCAGACAUAAAGAGUAGCAAGAAGGCGCCAUGUUAAUCCAGCACCGUUCACUUUGAAGAUGUGGAUGCCACAUUCACUCACAGAAUUACCUCCACCGCAAAGUACCCCCGCCCGGUGUCCUGUGAUUUUUGAGGAAGAAUUAAAAGAUUAUUUUGGACACAUUUAUUAAGAUCUAGGCCCAGUUGUGAUCGAGGUCCAGAGAUUUUGCCCGCAAAGACCUUAACUGGAGGCAGCGGUUAGAAGGCCUCCUAUCAUCAUGGAUUUGGCCCCGAGGAAAUGAAAGCUAUGCUGGCACAGUCCAACUCACCAUCCAGUGCUUUGCCGACCCUUCAGCCACUGCUAGACUGACUCUGGCCAGUAAGCCUUAUGAUUCAUAAGAACAGCCCAGCUCCAUUGUUUCACCAUGGAUCAAGAUUAUGAGAGGCGGCUGCUGCGUCAGAUCAACAUCCAAAAUGAAAACACAAUGCCUGGUGUUACAGAGAUGAGACGAACUUUGACACCUUCCAACUCCCCCAUGUCCUCUCCCAGCAAACAUGGAGAUCGAUUCAUCCCCUCUAGAGCUGGUGCCAACUGGAGCAUUAAUUUCCACCGAAUAAAUGAAAAUGAAAAAUCACCUAGCCAGAACCGAAAAGCAAAGGACGCAACCUCAGAUAAUGGCAAAGAUGGGUUGGCCUAUUCAGCCUUACUGAAGAAUGAACUGUUAGGAGCUGGGAUCGAGAAAGUCCAGGAUCCUCAGACAGAAGACAGGAGGUUACAGCCAUCCACACCAGAGAAGAAGAGUCUUUUCACGUAUUCCCUCAGCACCAAACGCUCCAGUCCAGAUGAUGGCAACGAGGUGUCACCGUAUUCCCUAUCGCCCGUCAGCAACAAAAGUCAAAAGUUACUAAGAUCCCCACGGAAACCUACCCGAAAAAUCUCCAAAAUCCCUUUCAAAGUCCUUGAUGCUCCUGAGCUGCAGGAUGACUUCUACCUGAACUUGGUGGACUGGUCCUCCCUCAAUGUCCUUAGUGUUGGCCUUGGAACCUGUGUGUACCUGUGGAGUGCUUGUACUAGCCAGGUGACCAGGUUGUGCGACCUGUCUGUAGAAGGUGAUUCCGUGACUUCUGUGGGCUGGUCAGAACGGGGAAACUUGGUAGCAGUUGGUACGCACAAGGGCUUUGUACAGAUCUGGGAUGCAGCCGCAGGAAAGAAACUGUCCAUGCUGGAAGGUCACACAGCCAGAGUCGGUGCUUUGGCCUGGAAUGCAGAUCAGCUCUCUUCCGGGAGCAGGGACAGAAUGAUCCUUCAGCGAGACAUCCGAACCCCUCCAUUGCAGACUGAGCGGCGGCUGCAGGGGCACAGGCAGGAAGUUUGUGGCUUAAAAUGGUCCACAGACCACCAACUCCUAGCCUCAGGUGGAAAUGACAAUAAGCUUCUGGUCUGGAACCAUUCCAGUCUGAGCCCUGUCCAGCAGUACACAGAGCACCUGGCAGCAGUCAAAGCCAUCGCGUGGUCUCCUCAUCAGCAUGGUCUGCUGGCCUCAGGAGGCGGGACGGCCGAUCGCUGCAUUCGUUUCUGGAACACCCUCACCGGCCAGCCCUUACAGUGCAUUGACACCGGCUCCCAAGUCUGCAAUCUAGCCUGGUCCAAACAUGCCAAUGAACUAGUGAGCACUCACGGAUACUCGCAGAACCAGAUCCUCGUCUGGAAAUACCCAUCCUUGACACAAGUAGCCAAGCUCACGGGUCAUUCGUAUCGAGUGCUGUAUCUGGCAAUGUCUCCUGAUGGAGAGGCAAUAGUUACUGGUGCUGGGGAUGAAACGCUGCGAUUUUGGAAUGUUUUUAGCAAAACCCGCUCAACCAAGGAAUCUGUAUCUGUUCUCAAUCUCUUCACCAGAAUACGGUAAAACCCUAGACUCCGCACACCAGGACCACAUUAUUACGUAUGGGGAAAAAAACCACUAACUAAUCAGCAUGCAUGGACCCCCUAAUUAUCUGGAGGAUAUAAUUGAUGGGGUGAAUAGAUUGGACCUGGAGAAACUAUCAAGAUUCCAAUUUAAUUCCAGAUCGUGACCUAUUUGAACAGUAUUUGGGGAAGGGUAAAUGCAAGGAAAGCGGGAGCAAGAACACCAUUAAGAGCCUAGAAGUCCAUUUUCCGCGGAGAGUUUCCGAAGAGAGUAAAAGCGUGAAUAUUUUAAUUGUACGUGUUGGGCAAGAUUUAUUUGGCACGGACCAUCCAAAGUGAAGAACAAGGCUAUCUCGUCUUCUGCUGCUGUUACCUCUUUUCUGAUUGGAUGCCCGAAGCUGAAGCUGGCAGGAUUUGAUUCCCCCUUAUGUUAAUGGGGAGAGGAAGCAGGAACUAAAGACUUAUCUUGCAAUGGCACUUGAAGGCUGAGGUUCCCACUCUCAGCAGAUUUUGGCCCUGGGAGACAUGUCAGAGGGAAACAGGAUCGUGUGUUUUCCGAUACAGACAUGCAAUGUAAAGAUCACAAGAAUCAAGUAAGAUGGUGAUUUCUAUGGGGCAGUUUGGAUCAGCAAAUUUAAGACUUGGCUGGGCAGAAAAUAAGAUGCUCAACACUUAAAACGUUUAAGGGUGUGUAACGACCAUGGACGUGAUAAGGCAAAGUUGCUGUGAAGUUGAAAGAAGGGAUUUGGCAGAAGCCCUAACGUCAGGUUCACGCUGACAGACGAGGGCUUCAGAAAUUUGGUAAGGAGGAGGAAUGGGUUUGUCCUACUACGUAUCCAGAAUCAGCAAGAGAAUAUUGGGGUGAAUUUCUAAUCAAACCUGUUACUUGAAUGUGUGGUCGCUCUACUGGGCAGAAGGGAGGACCUCUGCCUGUCUGGGAAUCUCAAUGUCUCAUAUAUAUUGCGUUUAAUGCUUUUUUUUUUUUUUUUUACUCUAACUGAAUCAGAGCCUUUCCAAAUAUGUUCCAGUUUUAAUUAUGUUAAUGAUCAAUCAGGGAUGAUGCUGCUUCCGAGAAUACCGAGAGGUGGAUCGAUUGUAAUAGUAAUAGUAUUUACAAAGCGCUGACUGUGUGCACAGCACUGUACUGAGCGCCAGGAUGGAGUCCACAGGUGGGAAUUAGACAUGGUCCCUGUCCUUCGGGGGGGCUCACAGUCUAAGAAGUCCCAGGGCACCGAGGCACCUGCCUUUCCCUAAAUUUUUAGAUGGUGCCAGGUCAGAGAACUCAGGGGAGUCUGUGUAGCUUGUGAUUCAGAGAGAGUGAAACGUUCAUCCUGGCCCCAGCCAUGUUUGUCUCCCUCUCUCCUCGUGCCAAUACUUGGUCUUAUUGUAUAUUUUUUCCCCCCCAAUGUGCUUGGGUGGAAGUUUUUCCUCUUCCGGCUGGGUUCCGAGGCCAGAGACCACACACAAUUCUGACCCCUGAUGGAAAUGCCUCUUAUAGGCCCUCUCCUCCCACAGAGGACUGGGUAACGGGCCACCCCGUCCUACCUAGUCCGCCGGGCGGGCAGGAGGCGAGCUGUAAGCCGUAGGCAGCAUUUGAACCCAGAGCCAGCCGGCUUGGCCAGAGGGGCCCGUCCAGACCGAGGAGGGAGCGUUUCGAGCCUUGGAAGGGGAAGUGGGAGAAGCAGAGGAAGCAUUUUGCCUCAGGAGUGUCCGUGAGUCUCUCAGGUGGCUUGCCCUGUUGGAAAGAGUGUCCGAUCCCUGGGGUUUGCCAACAUUUAUCGGGGGCAGGAGGCACUGAGGGAAAAUGCACCCAAACCAAAGCUCCAGCGUGGUUUCUUGGGCUUCAGAAAACUCAAAGCAUCCCCUCCUUCUCUGGGACGUGCCCAUGCCUUAGUGCCCCGCUCCCUCUAGGCUCCCUUCAUCUACCUCCGGUUUUGCCCGGUUCAUGACCAAGAGCCACCUUGUUUGUCGGCGAAACAGGGAACAGCCGAGUGCUUGGCGAUGUGUUGUUCGGUCUUAUUGGAAAACAUUGCAUGGAUCAUGUUUCUUCUGCCUUGUGUCUCUCUAAGGGACUUUGUUUCCUUCCUUGCUACCUUCUCUGAGCGUGUGUGUGUGUGUAAUGUAUGUAUGUUUGUGGUGUGUCAGCCCUGGAGACCGUUAAAGAGGGAAGAUACCAAGUCUCAGGAGCACCCCAGACGUUCUUGAAAACUGUGGUUCUCAAGGAUGAAUAGAGUGUUUUUAGGCUUUAAAAAAGAAAAGAAAAAAAAACCAAUUUCCAGAGGCAGGAAACCUACAUCUUCCCGAUGGACUCUCCCAGUGGGCUUACCCAUUCUUCUUUCCAAAUGUAACUCCCAGCAAUUCUUUCGUGGCCCCGUUAGAGUUGUGUGGGGGAACAGUCAUUUAGUCAACUGAUCCGGGGAACAGAAGAGACUUGGAGGAAGAUUUGGGGUUCGGAGGGGGGUUUUUUUGUUUGUUCGUUUAAAAGGGGCAUUGGCAUCCCUGGCCUUCCUCUCGUGUGCAGUUGCCAAGGGAAGUAAAAAAGAAGCCCAGGGAGCUAGCCCUCAGAAAAGGUGCCUCGCUGGUUGUGUGCACGUGUGUGUGGUGGGUGUGUUGGACGCAUGCCUAGGUUUGUGUAUAGAAUCUCAUGUUGGUGACUAUUGCGAAGCGAUUGACUCUCCGGUGUGUGCUGCAUAGAGUUGUAAAUGCAACAAUAAAGUGAAAUCAUGUCUUUUCGAUGUAUGAACUGUAAAGUUGUUAAGCUGUAUGGUUCAGACGGCUUGUGAAGAAAAGGGUAGUUAGUCCUCCCCCAGAAUUUACAGGCAAAUUCAAAGAAUUGGGGUCUUGUUACCAGUGAUGAUGCCUCAGAGGGUGGAGAAAAUAUGUAGAUCAAACAAACCUUGCAAGUUUUUUUUUUUUUUCAUGUUAAGCAACAUAACUGGCAUUAAACAAAUUGUGAAUUUCA